CAGUCUUUGACAGGCAGGCGCGGGUUUUGUAAACAGCUAACUGCAGUACUGUCGAUGUCACGUCUUGAAAGUUUUCAGUUCGCAAUUUUUAAAGUGUUUUUACUACUUUUCUCUUUCGUCAUUAUCUUCUUUGUGGGGAGUGAGGUUAUUCAGCAGAUGACUACUUCUUUUUAUCUUUUAGUAAAUGUUUCUAGGAGCGCUUAACAUGACUUCAGCUAGCAUGGUCAGCUAACAUGUCACCCACAGCGGCAGUGAAGCUACUAGCUGGAGGACCGGUUGCUUCAUGUGAGGGCGGCCAAGCAUGCUAGUACUGCACCUGCUCGGGAGAUCUUUGCUUCGAUCGGGAUUACAGCGGCCAGGGGUCCAGCGGAGGUGUUUCUGUGCGGCACAGAGCGGCAGGUGUCCGGACACACCGCAGGAGACAGAAAUGAUCCGGAGCCGGGCUCAGAUCAAGAAGGUCCUCUGUGUGGCGGAGAAGAACGAUGCAGCUAAAGGCAUCUCCGAGAUCAUGUCCGGCGGCAGGGCUACGAGGAGGGAAGGAAUGUCAAAGUUUAAUAAAAUCUAUGAGUAUGAAUAUCAUCUCUUCGGUCAGAAUGUGACGGUUUCCAUGACAUCAGUAUCAGGUCAUUUGCUGGGCCUGGAGUUCAAAGCACCGUUCCAGAAAUGGCACAGCUGCAAUCCUGUGCUGCUGUUUGAUGCAGAGGUGGAGAAGUAUUGUCCCAACAACAUGAUCCAAAUCAAGCAAACGCUAGAGAAGGAGGUGAGGCAGUGCCAGGCCUUGGUCGUGUGGACGGAUUGUGACAGGGAGGGAGAAAACAUCGGGUUUGAAAUUAUAGACGUUUGCAAAGCAGUGAAGCCAAAUUUACAGGUCUUUCGGGCCAAAUUCUCUGAGAUCACACCCAACUCAAUUCGGAGAGCUUGCGAAACUCUGAUGGAGCCAGAUGCUAACAUCAGUGAUGCUGUUGAUGUCCGCCAGGAGCUGGACCUGCGAAUAGGUGCAUCCUUUACCCGAUUCCAGACGCUUCGCCUGCAGAAGAUCUUUCCAGAGUCCCUCGCCAAUCAGUUAAUCUCGUACGGCAGCUGUCAGUUUCCCACUUUGGGCUUUGUAGUGGAGCGGUUCAAAGCUAUCCAGGCCUUCAUACCAGAGACCUUCUACAAGAUCAAAGUGCUGCAUGAGGUAGAGGAGGACACUGUGGAGUUCAGUUGGAAAAGAAACCGUCUCUUCAGUCACACGGCUUGUCUGGUUCUCUAUCAGAUCUGCAUGGAGGAUCCCAUAGCAACAGUCACCUCAGUAACCAGCAAACCCAAGAGCAAAUGGAGGCCGCUGCCUUUGGACACUGUGGAACUGGAGAAACUGGCAUCUCGGAAGCUAAAAAUCAGUGCCAAAGAGACCAUGAAAAUUGCAGAAAAACUCUAUACCCAAGGGUUUAUCAGCUAUCCCCGCACAGAGACCAACAUCUUUCCUGCAAACCUGUCUCUCGGCCCCCUGGUGGAGCAGCAGACACAAAGCCCAGCAUGGGGGACGUUCGCCCAGCGGGUGCUGGACCAGCCGGGGGGUCCCAACCCACGGCAGGGCAAGAACUCUGACCAAGCCCACCCUCCCAUACACCCCACCAAGUACACCGGCACGCUGCAGGGCAAUGAAGGACGCGUGUACGAGUUCAUUGUCCGGCACUUCUUAGCAUGUGUAUCCCAGGAUGCUUUGGGGCAGGAGACUGUGGUGGACAUAGACAUCGCUCAGGAGAAGUUCUCCGCCUCUGGACUCAUGAUCAUUGCAAGGAACUACCUGGAUGUUUACCCGUAUGACAAGUGGAACACCAAGUUGAUCCCAGUGUAUGAACAAGAAUCCCAGUUCCAGCCCUCUGCUAUUGAGAUGGUGGACGGACAGACGAGUCCUCCUCAGCUGCUCACUGAAGCCGACCUCAUAUCGCUGAUGGAGAAGCAUGGCAUUGGCACAGAUGCAACCCAUGCAGAGCACAUUGAGACUAUAAAGAGCCGCAUGUAUGUGGGCUUGACAGCUGACCAGAGAUUUCUCCCUGGAGAACUUGGCAUGGGACUGGUGGAGGGUUACAAUUCCAUGGGCUAUGAGAUGUCAAAACCAAACCUACGUGCUGAACUGGAGGCGGACCUUAAGCUGGUGUCAGAGGGCAGGAAAGACAAACAGAACGUGCUGCAGCACCACAUCCAGAAGUACAAGACCGUCUUCAUUGAGUCUGUCAGGAAGGCAAAAAAGUUAGAUGAAGCUCUGUCACCGUAUCUGGGUGCAGCUCAGGAGAUCACUGAGGAACAGGAACAGGACAUGGAGAUCCUGCUGCCGGUGAGAAAGUGCCCGAACUGUGGUCGGGACAUGGUGCUGAAGAAGAAGAGGGAAGGAAACAGUAAAUACUUGUCAUGUGUGGGCUACCCAGCCUGUAAGACGGCAGUGUGGUUUCCUGACAUGGUGCUGGAGGUCAGCAGAGACGACAGCGUUUGUCCCACCUGUCGGCCACAUCCCAUACACAUGUUGAAAUUUAAGUUCCGCAGGGGCACCCUCCCACCCAUGAUGCCACUGGAAUUCGUCGGCUGCAUUGGUGGAUGCGAUGAGAUGCUCCGAGAGGUGCUCGACCUGAAAUACCACAGAGCAGGUGGAGGAGGUGGUGGUGGAGCAGUGGGUAGAGGUGGCGGAGGGGAAGGAAGAGGAGGUGACCCUCGUCCACCCCCUCCGAGGCCCCCCAGACAGGAACCGCCCAGAGCCCCAAGUUCCAAUCCUCACCCUGUCCACUCCUGGACUCCACAGCCAAGACCUCCAACAGGCGGCAGCGGCAUGAGUGCAGACCCCAACGGUGAUAUGAUUGUGUGUAACUGUGGUCAGGAAGCUCUCCUUCUGACGGUGCGCAAAGAUGGUCCCAACCAGGGUCGGCAGUUCUACAAGUGCAACGCUGGAAGCUGCAAUUUUUUUCUGUGGGCGGAUCAACCGGCUCAGCAGGGGGCACCACAGAGCCGAGGACUUCCCUCCCAGCCUCGGAGGCCAUCUCUGGGGAUCAGAAACACAUCUCGGGGAGGCAGAGGGCAGGAAGUGGGUGCACUUGCAGGACAGGUGAUGUGCAACUGCAAUGACAUAGCCGUGACACGUACGGUGCAGAAGGACGGUCCGAACAAGGGAAGAAUGUUCCACACAUGUGGGAAACCAAGAGAGCAGCAGUGCGGCUUCUUCCAGUGGGCUGAUGAGAAUGUACCUCCACCAGGGGGCUUCGGUGGUGGAUUUAGCGGUGAUGGAGGCGGAGAGAGGAGGGGGAGGAAGAUAACGGGACAUGGCAUCGCUAACAAACCGCCCGCCGCUAAGAAACCUCGCACCUGCGGCAUCUGCCACGUGCAAGGACACACCCGAGUCACCUGUCCUCAGCGGUGACCCAUACUCUGAAGCUGCUUGCUGUUAAAGAAGGUUAUUGUGUCGCAGAUUUUAUUUUCAAAUAUACACAGACUGUUCCUCCUCACAUGGAGAGGACGUCCUCUACUUCUGGGAUGCAAAAAAAUGAACCCAGAUACUGUGGCUUUCCUGUGAGGUGACAUUUUAACAGCUUUUCAUGCAGCUGUAGUGUGUUUGUUCACUAUGAAUGACUCUUUUUGGUCCCUCGAAAGAAUGACGUUUUAGUGUAAAAUUAACCUUUUCUCCAUCUGCCUGCACCACCAAAGCUUUACUAACUAACAUGUUUGUUUAAUCUGUACAAAAACAGAAGUAUUUGAAGGAACACUAGACCUCUAAAGAUGCCCAGGGGGAAUCCAUACAAGUUUAGAAGUUUAUGGUGGACUGUUUGACCAAUCACAUUUCCUACUUCCUCACUCCCAACUUUCAUUUUACUGCUUAGUACAGCAUAAAAAAAGACACGCAUGUUUCGCUGCUAGAGGAAAAAUCACUGAGCACGAGGAGAGAUGCAGCAGCACAGCACACAACGAGAUAUCGAACUACUUUUAAAACUUGUAGGUGUUUGUAACCACAGUAACCUGAAAAUGUUCAACAGUUAAUUGGAAAUUUGCUCGACUGACCUUGGAUCAAAUUAUUCCCUUGUCAGUUGUAUUGCUGCGUAUUCACAGUCCUGACAGCCUGACUGAGAUCAUCUGGAGGAGGAGGAUUCUGUCUCCGAAGCGGCGCUGUAAUUUGCACACAGCUUACAAGUAAUUAAUGGUGUAAUAAAUAGUAUCUAUUAACAUACUGA